CUGUGGGUGAGGAAGGCAGCUAAAGGUGCACAGGUACAAAGCAGUCACAUUCUCCCCUCCUUCCCUUCUCUGCUGUGGUUACAAUAAGGAAGUCCCCAUGUUUCUGUUUCCUUUUGCAUCUCUACAUUUAAAACAGGAAACUGCAUGUUACUGACGCAGAAGAAGAAGAAGAAGGGAACUUAGGGAGAUUAUUCUGAACAAGUGCACUGCCUGCAGAGUGGAGUGCAGCUGAAGAGGGUGCAGCGGGCACUGAACAGGGACACUCUGCUAACUGCAUCUCACUGACUCCACCUGACAUGUCUUACAGCUGGUACCAUGGGAACAUCACUCGCUCCAAGACAGAGGAUCUUCUCUCCCAGUCUGGCAAAGAUGGGAGCUACCUCGUCCGGGACAGCGAGUCUGUCUGUCGUGCCUAUGCGCUGUGUGUCCUAAACCAGAGCUGCGUGCACACCUACAGGAUCAUACAGAAUGCUGAGCACCAGCUGUCAGUGCAGGCAUCAGAAGGAGUUCCAAUGCGAUUUUUCACUAACUUGGUGGAGCUGAUUGAAUUUUACAGAAAAGAGAAUGUGGGUUUAGUCACACACUUGCAGUAUCCCAUAGAGAAGGAAGAGGAGGGCCCAGAAGAGCCAGAUGAAGAGCAAGAAUCAGCUCCCCCUAAUGUUCCACCCAGAAACUUUACACCAGUUUUAGAAACAAAGGAGUGCCAGACAGCAGUAGAGAGAGCACCAGCUGCAAAUGCAUCACUUCUUCUAUCUGAGACAUUGCUGCAGAGAUUUCAGGACACAGACAGUCGUUGCAUUCCUGAGGAACAUUUGCAAGCAAUCCGUGAUUACUUCAGCCUUCACAUCGUCAGUGACUGUGAAAUGGUACGCAGUGGAUCUCAGAACCUGCCGCAGUUUAAGAAGCUUCUAAUGACACUUUGCACAGGGCUACACAGAGAGCUGUCACGAACAUUGCCAACCUUGGAGUCCUUGCAGACCGCCUUUGAACCCCAGCUUUCUCCUGGAUUGAAACAACGUUCUCCUCUGCCUGGAGAUUCUGCCACAAAUAAUAUGGUCAAUAAACUUACUAAUCUCACCUCCAUGGUCUCCAGCCUGGAAGAAAAGGUAAAAACAGUGUUAAUGGAAGGUGCUGCGGUGAAACAUCGGCGGUCUCUAAUCCCUCCAAUAAUAUUCGAGGUGAAAGCCGAUUCUAUAGGUAUCUCUCCGAAAACACACUUGAAGGUCGAUGUUGAAACUGGGAAACUAAUCAUCAAAAAGUCAAAAGAUGGUCCAGAUGAUAAAUUCUAUCCAAGCAAAAAAAUUCUGCAGUUAAUAAAGUCUCAGAAGUUCCCUAAUAAACUGGUUAUAGUGCUGGAAACAGAGAAGGAAAAGACUCAGCGCAAGGAAUAUGUCUUUGCUGACUCAACGAAACGGGAAGGGUUCUGCCAACUUCUCCAGCAAAUGAAGAACAAACACUCAGGACAGCCAGAACCAGACAUGCUAAGUGUAUUCAUAGGAACAUGGAACAUGGGUGAUGCUCCACCACCAAAGAAUAUUACUCCAUGGUUCCUGUGCAAAGGCCAAGGGAAAACUAAGGAUGACACCGCAGAUUACAUAGAACAUGAUAUCUAUGUGAUUGGAACACAAGAGGAUCCACUAAGUGAGAAAGAAUGGACGGAUAAACUUAUUAAUUCUCUCAGUGAAAUUACAUCAGUUGAAUACAAAGUGAUUACAAUCCAGACCCUGUGGAACAUUCGAAUUGUUGUCUUGGCAAAGUCAGAACAUGCACAUCGAAUCAGCCAUGUGUUUACCAACAGUGUGAAGACUGGGAUUGCCAAUACACUGGGGAAUAAAGGUGCAGUUGGUGCCUCUUUCAUGUUUAAUGGGACAUCGUUUGGCUUUAUUAACAGUCAUCUUACAUCUGGAAGUGAAAAGAAGCUCAGGAGGAAUCAGAAUUACUUUAACAUCCUACGGUUUCUGGUGCUGGGGGAUAAGAAGCUCAGUCCGUUCAACCUCACACAUCGAUUUACCCAUCUUUUCUGGCUAGGGGAUCUAAACUACCGUUUACAACUUCCUAACACCGAAGCUGAGAACAUAAUCCAGAAGAUUAAACAGCAGCAGUAUCAGGAGCUGCUUUCUCAUGACCAGCUGAAUUUGGAGCGAAGGGAGAGCCUGAUAUUUUUUCAGUUCCAUGAAGAAGAAAUCACCUUUCCCCCGACCUACCGCUAUGAGAGGGGAAGCCGAGAACGAUAUUGCUACACCAAACAGAAAGCAACAGGGAUGAAGUACAAUUUACCAUCCUGGUGUGACAGGAUUCUCUGGAAAUCGUAUCCACAGAUGCAUAUUUUAUGUCAGUCUUAUGGGUGCACAGAUGAUAUUACUACAAGCGAUCACUCACCUGUAUUUGGCACAUUUCAGGUUGAAGUAAUGUCCCAGUUUGUCUCAAAAAACAAUCCAGGGAACACAGGUGAUUUGGAAGCUCAGGGACACAUUGAGAUGAUGAAUUGCAAGGCAACUUUGUACACCAAGAGUCACACCAAAUUCUACAUUGAAUUCCAUUCUCCUUGCUUGGAAAAUAUGGUCAAAAGUUCAGAAGCUGAAGACCAGGAGGGAAACAAUGGUACCUUAGUAGUAAAGUUUGGGGUCCUACCAAAGCUAACACCGAUCAUCUCUGACCUGGAGUACCUGCUGGACCAGCACCUAUUGAUUUGUAUCAAAUCCUCUGACACUGACGAGUCUUACGGGGAAGGCUGCAUUGCUCUCAGAACGGAAGAUACAGAACAGCAGUUCCCAUUCUGCACUAUUCUCACCCACCAUGGAGAGGAAACUGGGUUAUUUUGUGGAGAGAUCUGUCUUCCUGCUUGUGGAGGGAAACAAAGGGAGAAGUUAUAUGAUUUUGUCAAGAUUGAAAAGGACGAAACUGUGGCACAAAAACAGCUAAAACAUACUUACAGUCAGUCAAGGAUUAUAAAAAGCAUAUCAGAGAAGUCUGCAAUGAUGGCUCAAAUGCGGGGGGUCCCUGUUUGCCCUUCAGAAACCCAAAAUAGCAUGGAUCACUCUGCAUCUAUAGCAGCCAUUUCCAGCCAGGCAAAGCAGAGUCCCCCUACCACACCACCUGGAUUCAGAGGGAGCGAGCCAAGACAGAAGUCAGGAUCAGCAGUACAGGGAUGUGGGGACACACCAAUUACUCCACCUCCUCGAACUAUAUUGUCCAUUCAGAAAUUCCCCCACUCCAACAGCAACCGAGCUGCUCCAGCUGCCCGUCCACAGGACUCGCUUCGAAUUACAGUUCCAUCUGAUCCACUUGAAAUGGUUGAUAAUCCAUUAUAUGGACCUGUAAACAAUUCUCUCUACCCCCAACCGGCCCAGACUCGAGCUCCGAAAUCUCCUGAACCCAUGGCCCGCACUUCACCUAGCAUUCGCCCACGCUCCAGGACCUGUUCCUCUACAGAAAAGAAGCCCGUCCCUGCAGAAAAAGCUCAGCUGAAAAACACCAUAUCAGCCGCGAACAAUCAGAAUAUCUGCCGACCUGAAGGUGGCCCAGCUCUCCCGAAACCACGUCCACCUGUACCAGCCAAGAACCAGUCCGUGGCUCGUGAUGCUCAGAACAACUAGCCUUAAACAGAUUUCAAUUUAAGACAAAGGAAAUGUCCUAUGAUCCAUUAAUCAAAGCUGUUUCAUUGGUUAAAUAUCAGGAACAGUGAAAUUUUCUACUUGCAUAUAUUAUGUUAACAUUUAAAGCAUUUCAAUCACACAGAAUAAGCCUAAAGCCUCUAUAUUUUCUUAGUCAGACAUCUUCUAGAAUGUAGAUUUAUCAUUUACUGACUGCAUGGAUGUACAGUGCAGGAUGUACAUACUUUACUAAUGCAGGGUCUACUUUUAGGUGCAGAUUUAUCUAAUUCAAAUUUUCAAUUUUUUUUUAUGGCCAAAACUGUGAAAUCCGA